AUGCUGUUCUCGCUGGUGCUGGGGGCUGCGCGCAGGGCCGCGAGCGCAUCCGUGGAGACAGCGCUCUGCGGAGGCGGUUUGAAGCUAAUUCAGGAAAGCCAUCACCAUUUUUGCACUGCUAUUUCUAAAAAUGUCACUUACAAGGAACUUAAAAACCUGUUGAAUUCCAAAAAUAUCAUGUUAAUUGAUGUUAGAGAAACAUGGGAAAUUCUUGAACAUGGAAAAAUUCCUGGGUCUAUUAAUAUACCAUUGGGUGAGCUAGGUGAGGCUCUACAGAUGAACCCGAGAGACUUUGAAGAGAGGUACCAUGAAGUGAAGCCAUCCACGUCUGACAGCCUAGUGUUUUCUUGUUUAGCUGGAGUGAGAAGCAAGAAGGCUCUGGACACAGCCAUAUCCCUGGGCUUUCGCAGUGCUCGACACUAUUCUGGCGGAUGGAAGGAAUGGGAAACCUAUGAAUUUUCAGAGAAGAAACAAGAAAGUUGAGUUUUGGAAUACAAAAGAUUCUUUGUGUACAUAAAGCCAAAGACAGUGGACUAAGCAAAAAGAAAAUCUAGUUCUGGCACCAAUGGUGAAUGGUGAGCAGAUUCUGUAUAACUAACUACCUGGUGAAUAUUCUUCUCAUCCUUAAACUGAAAAUACUGUUCCCCUGAGCACUUUCAAUGAUUGCUGAAGAAGCCAAGCUUAGUGGGGCAUGCCUUUAAUUCCAACACUUGGGAGGUAGAGGUAGGAGGAUUGCUGUGAGUUUGAGGCUAGGCUGGCACUAUGGAGUGAGUUCCAGGUCAGCCUGGGCUAGACUGAUACCUAACUUGAAGGAUAAAAAAAAAAAAAAGGCUACUGAGGACUAAGAUAAUGUGACUUGGAUAGGCUUGUGAGUAGAUUCUAAGAGUUAAUUUUCAAGUAGCUGGCAUUGUAAAAGAUCAGGUAACUUGUAUCACCUAAUCAUGUAUGACCAUUUAUUUGAAUUAGUGUCACUUCUAUUCAGAGUAUAUGAACUAAAACAGGAUGGUAAGCAGAUUUGGCCUAAAAAAAAUAAUCAAGAAGCUGGUGCUGGGCAUGGUAGCUUAUGCUUGCGAAUCUAGCACUCAGAAGUUUAAGGCAGGUAGAUUGCUAUAAGUUUGAGGUCAGCCUGGUCUAUGUAGCAACUUCUAGGCCAGCUAUAGGCUGUAGAGUGAGACCUUGUCUCAAAACCUUAAAAAAAAAAAAAAAGAAAA